AUGGACAAUAGAAGACGAGCAAAAUCUCAAAAAAUUUCACGACAAAAUGAUGAAUUUGAAACAGAAGAUAAUAAGAGAAGAGCAGAAGCUCAUAAAAUUAAACAUGAAGAGGAAAAAUACAAAGAAGACGAAAGAAGAAAAAAUGCAUUGAGAAUGCAGAAUAAUAGAGAUAAAUACAAAAAUAAUUUUGAUGGCAUGAAAUCAAAUUAUGAGUUAAAAAUAAAAGAAGGACCUACUCAUAUUUGUAGCUGUUGUGGUGGUUUAUGGUUUGAGUAUUCAAUCAGAGAAUUUACAAUUGAGAUGUUAACAAAUAAAGGAUUAAAAAAAGAAUUUAUCGAUACAGUUUGUUAUCUCAAAAAUACAAUCAUCAAAUUAUGUGUCACAUGCAGAAACGACAUCAUGUUGAAUAAAGUACCUAAUCUCUGUCUAUCUAAUGGUUUAGCAUUCUAUGAAGUACCGGAUUGUUUGAAAAUCUUGACUGAAUUAGAAGAAAGAUUAAUAUUGCCAAGAAUUCCUUUUAUGGUUAUUCGAAGUUUAGGUUCUUGUAAACAAUUCGGUCUCAAGAGUAACCUUGUAAAUGUUCCCAUGAAUGCUGAUACAAAUGUUUCAGUCUUGCCCAGAAGUUUUAGUGAUACUCACACGAUUCAAUUGAAACUCAUGAGACAAAUGAAAAAUAAAAAUGCUUUUAUGUAUGAAACAAUUCGACCAAAAGUUGUGCAUACUGCUGUAAAAUAUUUGGUUGAGCAAGAGCUGUAUAAAGAUGAAGGAAUUGUGAUAUCUCAUGAUUGGCUGAAAGAAUAUUCUAACGAGAGAGAGAAUUUUAUCAUCGAUGAUGAAGAUAAGAAAUUCGAUGAAAAUGAAAACAUCAGCAAAGAUUUUGAUGACGAGGACAAAUGGAAUGAAUGUGACGAUAAACCAGUCAAUCCAAGUACUACUGAAACAUUAUUAAAUGACGAGAUUGGUGAUCAGAAUGAUAUUGGUAUCAAAUUUGCUCCAGGAGAGAAUAACAGGCCGAUAUCGAUUUUAAUGGAUUUAAAAGUCGAUGAAUUAACAUUUCCGAAAAUUUAUUGUGGCAAGCAAAGAAAAAUCAAAGCGAAUGUUAAAUUAACUUAUGCUAAGAUUGCCAAGUCAGAAUUAAGAAUGUUUGAUCGAAGAUGUGGUAGAAUAUCGAAAUUGUUUUUCACAUAUAAGAAACUACAAACGAGAAAGUUCUCCGAUGCUAUUUCAAUAAAUUUGAGAAAAACAAAAAAUACGAAAAACAUAACUGCUACACAGAUGCUCAAUCGAGAUUAUGUAAAUGGAUUAAUACAUAAUGAUGAUGCUUUUACAUUCUUAAGAUGUGAUCGAUCUUCACCAGCGUUUUGGGAACUAAAGAAAAAGGAAGUUAUGGCGAUGAUCAGACAGUUAGGAUGUCCAACACUAUUUUUAACAUUAUCAGCAGCAGAAACAAAGUGGUCAGAACUAAUUGUAAUAUUAACUCAAGUGUUGGAAAAUAAAGUAAUAACAUUAGAGGAGGCAGAAAAUAUGAGCUAUGAAAAAAAAUGCGAUUUAAUAAGACAAGAUCCGGUAACAUGUGUUCGUUAUUUUGAACAUAGAUUAAAAUGUUUAUGGGAAAUAUUAUCGGCUCCUUGUGGUCCAUUUCAAGGCUAUGAAUUAGUAGACAAAUAUGUCAGAACUGAAUUCCAAGUUCGUGGUUCACCACAUGUUCAUGCUCUACUAUGGUUAAAGAAUGCUCCAAAAUAUGACGAAAACAAUCCUGAAUCAAUUGAAAGAUGUAUAGAAUUUAUUGAUAAAUUGAUUUCGGUUAGUUCUAAGCCAACGGAAUUUCCUGAAGAACUUAUUAAUUUACAACGUCAUAAGCAUUCACAUACUUGUAAAAAAUAUGUAAAAGAUUGUAUUAAAUGUCGUUUUGGUAUUCCAUAUUUUCCGAUGAGAAAAACGAUGAUUUUAGAACCAUUUAGUGACGAUGAAAAGUUAACUAAGAAAGAACGUGAAGAGAUCAGCAAAAAUAGACAGAAUGUAAUCAAAGAACUUGACAAAAUAUCAAAAGAUCAAGAUAAUUCACUAACUUUUGAAGAAUUCUUGAAACAUGUAAAUAUGAAUGAAGAAGAAUAUAUUAAAAUAAUUCGAGCUGAAUUAAAAAAACCGAAAGUAUUCUUGAAACGUGCUCCAAAUGAAAUCAGAAUCAAUGCAUACAAUCCAAUGAUAAUGUCAUUGCACAAAGCAAAUAUGGACAUUCAGUUCAUUCUUGAUCCUUAUGCAUGCUCAAUGUAUUGUGUUGACUACAUUAGCAAAUCUGAAAAUGGAAUGUCUAAACUUCUAAGAGAAGCAUUGAAUGAGCUAAAAAAAGGCAAUAAUACAGUCAGAGAACGUCUUAGAGUUAUUGCAAAUAAAUUUUUGAAUUCAAGUGAAAUUUCAGCACAAGAAGCUGUCUAUCAUAUUUUAAGUAUUCCACUUUCAACCAGCAGCAGAAGUACUGUAUUUAUUAAUACCAAUAGACCCGAAAACAGAAUUUCUAUGGUCAAAUCAGAUGAGGUUCUUCAGAAACUGGAGCCUGAUUCAAAAGAUGUUUUUGUUCAAGGCUUAAUUGAUAUGUAUAUAAAUAGGCCUGAAGAAAUGAAAAAUAUCUGUUUGGCUGAUUUUGCUUCAUUGUAUAAUGUAUCAAAAAAACAAACAAACAACGUUCAGAUUACGGAAAAUUCUGGUGAUGAAGAUGUCAUUGACAAUGAAAUUGAUGAAAAAAGUGUUGCUCUAAAGAUGAAAAAUGGAAAAGGAUGGAUUAAAAAAAGAACAAAGAAAAAAAUAAUAAGAUUCAGAAACUUUAAGCUACAUCAAGAUCCUGAAAAUUAUUACAGAGAGCAGCUGAUGCUAUUUCUACCAUGGAGUAAUGAGGAAGAGGAUCUUAUUUAUAUAAAUCAUGAAGAGACAUUUGAAUUACAUAAAGAUUUGAUUCGACAGAAAAGAUCUGAAUAUGUUCAUCGUGAAGCCAAUGAAUUUGAGCAAGCUUUUGAAGAGCAUAUGGAAAGAGAAAAUGAAAAUGAUCUCGAUGAUACAAAUAUUGAAUACGAUCAAGAUAAGAAUGAAUUCCUCAUUUAUGAAAUAGGAAAUCAUGAAGGUGAUAUCUUUGUUGAAAUGGGGCUAAAUACUCGAACUGAAAAAGUUGAACAUUUUAAUGUUCCCAAAAUAAUACCAGAUACUGAAUAUCAGCAAAUGAUAAGAAGUCUCAAUAACAAUCAAAGAAGAUAUACUUUAAAUGUGAUGAAUUUGAUAAAAAAUGGAGAUAAGCAGUUUUUUCAUUUUAUUAAUGGCGGUGCAGGUGUUGGCAAAAGUACUUUGAUCAAAGCAGUAUAUCAGUCGAUACUGAGAUUUUAUAAUUCUCUUCCUGGAUCUAAUCCAGAAACUAUUCGUACUGCAAUCUGUGCGCCAACUGGCAAAGCAGCAGCACUAAUUGAUGGAAUGACGUUGCAUUCAUUUUUAAGUUUACCAGUUAAUCAAUGCAAACAUAAACUCGUUAAACUAGACAGUGAUAUUUCAAAUAGAAUUGGAGUGAAAUUGAAAGAUCUACAAUUACUAAUCAUAGACGAAAUAUCAAUGGUUGGUUUUACAAUGUUUCAACACGUCGAUGCACGUGUGCAGCAAAUAAUGAAGUCCAAAAAACCAUUUGGCGGAGUAUCAGUCAUAGUUUUGGGCGAUUUCAAUCAAUUAAGACCAGUUGGUGAUAAAUACAUAUUCCAAUUUAACAAUUCAUAUAAUGCUUUAGUAGAUAAUCCAUUAUGGUCACUUUUUGAAUUGUUCGAAUUGACAGAAAUAAUGAGACAAAAAGAUGAUAAGGCUUUUGCCAUUGCAUUAAGUAAUAUAGCAAAAGGAAUGAUGACACUUGAAGAUAUUAAUUUAUUAAAACCACGAAUUGUUUCAAAUGAAAAUUUGGAAAUCAUGGGAGAUGCAAUAAGAGUAUUUAGAAGUAAUGCUGAAGUUGAUGCAUAUAAUACAAAAGUAUUGGCCAGUCUUAAUACCGAAGGUGCAAUCGCUAAUGCUUAUGAUUUUUGUAUUGGUGAUGGACUUGCAUCAAUAAGAGAAAAAGUUCUAAACAACGUAAAGAAUCUGAAAACAACUGAAACUUACGGUUUACCACUUAAAAUUGAUUUGAAAGUGGGCGCUAAGUAUAUGAUGACAGUGAAUAUUGACACUGAAGAUGGAUUAGUAAAUGGCGCCUGUGGAAAAUUGAUAAUGAUUGAUUAUGGAAAGCUUCAAAAGACUAAUGAGACAGUACCAUGUAGACUAUGGAUUAAAUUUAAUGAAGAGAAAACUGGAAGAAAAACCAGAGCUAAUUUUCAAAAUGUAAUGCGAAAUAGAAAUAUUGAUCUCAGUCUCACACCAGUUGAACCAGUAACACGGCAAAUAAAUACAAGGUCAACAAAUUUCAAAGUAGAACGUAAACAGUUUCCUGUAGUUCCUUGUGAAGCAAUGACGAUAUAUAAAAGUCAAGGUGGCACUUAUGAAAAAGUCGUUGUCAAUCUAAAGAAAGGAAUGACAAGAUCUGAAUUAUACGUCGCUUGUAGUCGUGCAACAAAAGCAACUGGUUUAUAUUUAAUUGGCGACUUCGUUCCACCAAAACCACCUGAACGUAAUGAUGCAGUGGCGAUGAUGUUCAAAACCAUGAGAUUCGAAAAAAUGCUGAAAUUUUCACUUGAAUUUCCUGAAGAAUCUCAAGGAGAAAGGUUUUUCGUGAUGUUUCAUAGUGUACAAUCAUUGAAUAAACAUAUUAUGGAUAUCAGAUCUGACAAAACAUUUUUGUGUGCUUCUAUGAUAAGUCUUGUUGAAACAUGGACAAAACCUACUGAUUCUUUGGAAAUUGAAGGUUUUAAAGUAAUUCACAGACGUGAUUGUAAUGAUACACGAAAACCAUUCGGUCAAAUCACUUACUUAAAAAAUGAUUUGAAGUAUGAAAAUAUCACCGAAAGAUGUGAAUAUUCAGGAAAAGACCAUAUUGAAUAUUGCUCAAUAAAAAUUGAUGAUAUUUGUACUAUUUCCGUUUACAAUUCACCAAAUUCAUCAUUUGAUGUCUUAAAACAACAUAUUAAUGAAGUUAUAUCUAUUUCAAAAAGAUUUUGUGAAGAUAUAAUUGUUGUUGGUGAUUUUAAUAUAAAUUUGAAGAUAAAAACCAAUCACAAAUUCAUUGAAUAUAUGGAGUCGUUCGGGUUGACUCUGAUUAAUAAAUUAAAUAAAAGUUCAACUAAUGCAAAAAGGCAAAUUGACUAUUGCUUCACUAAUGUGAAAGAUUUAAAAUCUGAUUAUUUUGAAAGUCUUACAAGUUUUCAUAAACCAAUAUGGAUAAGAAAACGUGAAGUUUUGACUAAGUUUCAUUUUGAUGAAACCGAAGACAUUCAUACAAAUAUACCUUUUCAUAUCGAAGAUGUUAUAACUGAUGAUCAAUCUGACACGAUGGAAGUCGAUGAGAAAUUCGUUUUUGAAUGUCAUGAAACAGUCGAUAAAAACGAACAAAUUGACUUAGAUAUGUCUUUCCAUUUGGAAGAUCUCAAAGUUAAUGAUCAAUCUGAUAUGAUGGAUAUUGAAGAAAAAUCUUCUUCAAAAAACUAUGAAAUGAUUGAUUCAAACUCAAGAAAGAUUCUUGAUCAAUUUCUUCUUGUACUUGAUUUAAAUAAUACUACAGACACUGAUCAAAUUUCAAGUCAAGCUCAAGUAAUCAAUGAUGUAAUUGAAAAAUCACCGUUUAUAACUAUGCUAAAUAAAGACCGAUUCGUCCGGUUAGAAUUGGAAACAGAAUAUUCUGUUCAAGCAUUUGACUCAGUUUAUGCUCGAAGCCGCACGACUGCAGAUGGCAAUUGUUUAUACAGUUCUCUUUCGAUAUUAAAUAUUGGAUCUGAAAAACUAACACAUUCGAUGAGAUUGUUGGCAGUAAAUGCAAUGAUCAAUAAUAGCGAUUAUUUUCGAACACUUUGUAAAUCAUUGGGUUAUUCAUUUGAAGAACAGUUGAAAAGAACUGCUAAGCAUAAAAUAUGGGGUGGAGAAAUUCAAAUUCAAGCUCUCUCUAUAGCUCUAUCUCAUCCUAUAUAUUCAUAUACCCGAUUUAACAACAAUCCAGAAAAUAGGCAUUAUAUACCACCGAAUAUUAGCUUGGAGGAAUUGAUCGAUCGAUUUAAUGAACGGACAGCAGGUGGUCAUUUGAAAUACGUAGGAUACAAAUCCGAUAUGAAUAAAUUAGGAUUAUGUGUUUACUACAAUGGUAUUCAUUAUGAUGCUCUCUUGCCUUUUGAAGAUAAUCCUCAACAAUUUGUACCACACUUUGACAUAAUUAACAUGAGUUUAUAA